AUGGAAGCUGCACAAGAAGUUCAUAAUUUUUGUUGUACUUUACCAGGAAUCAAGUGUGGGAUAGCCCAGAAUUGGGCUCUUCAAAGAGGGGACUCGGGAUUUGUAGGAUUGGUUAUUGUGGAGCAGGUUAAUUCUGACCCAGAAGAGGUAUCUCUAUAUGCGCAAACUGCAGUACUGAAGUUGUACUCAUGCAUUUAUAUGUGCAUAGAUUACUUAUAUGAGUUUGCUUGUCCGAAGACUGAACAAAGGAGGAGGGUGGAGGUUGUGAGCAUUAAUCGUGUGAAUCUAGGGGUUUUCAUUGGCAAUUCAGCUGAAAAUCGAGAGAUUUAUCGAAAUUCGUUUGCAAAUCUGUGCCCUAAUUUUUCAAUGGCAGGAGAUACAGUCGAAGAACGAGAGGUUGAAGAACACUCGACCAGGCAGGAAUCGACUGUGAUUGAUCACAAUCAUCCUUUAUACUUGCAUCCUUCUGAUGGACCGAAUUCGUUAUCGCUGGGUUUCCAAUCAAUUGGAAUGGAAAACUACACAAUUUGGAGCCAAGCUAUGGAAGUUUCGUUGCUAACACGAAACAAACUGGGAUUUGUGGAUGGUUCGAUCACCAGAGAGACUUUUGGAACUAGGUUUAACCAGUUGUGGGAUCGUUGCAAUGCGAUUGUCAAAUCGUGGCUGAUGCACAAUGUAAGUCGUGAUUUACUAAGUGGCGUUCUGUUUCGCUCAGUGCUCGAGCAAUUUGGGAAGAUCUUCGGAACAUCAUCAGUAUCGGCGUAUUAUUCAAAGUUGAAGGAUUUAUGGGAUGAAUAUGACUCAAUUAUCCCAUCUCCUCCUUGUGACUGUGAAAAAUCAAAAAAAUAUCUUGCACAUCUACAAUAUCAACGUCUUUGGCAGUUUUUGAUGGGCUUAAAUGAUGGUUACAGUCAAGCUCGAAGUCAAAUAUUAAUGAAGAAUAAAGCACCUUCUGUGAAUCAGGCAUAUGCCAUGAUUUUGCAAGAUGAAAGCCAGAGAAUUGUUGCUGGCAGUCACACUGUUCCUAUUGAAUCUAUGGAACCAACAACCUUGUUUACUUCAAGGAAUAACACUCAGAAGCAGAGAAGAAACUAUAAUGUCGAACGUGAUUUCUGUCACAUGAAGGGCCAUACUAGAGAAGGUUGCUACAAGCUUAUGAAAUGUGACUAUUGUAACAUGAAAGGCCAUCUCAAGGAGAAUUGCUAUAAGAUCGUAGGUUAUCCGGCUGAUUUUAAGUCAAAGAAGAAAGGGGCUUUCGUCAGUGGUCAUUUGGCUAAGACAGAAGUACAGUCAACACAACAACCAACAAUGCCACAACCUCCAGUAUUUACACCUGAUCAGUAUAAUCAGAUUUUGCAAAUGUUGAACAGCAACAGGUCAUCCUUCUCCGGCUCUAGUGUUAACAUGGCAGGUACUUCUUGUUCUAUUCCUACAAAGGAAUCUAGUUGGAUAGUGGAUACUGGUGCUACUAAUCACAUGAUUAGCAAUAACCAGUUGUUGUUAAAUGGUAUUGAAAUAGGAAGUUCAGGACAGGUUCAAAUGCCAACUGGAGAGACUGCUAGAAUUACUCAUGUUGGGGAUUGUGAGAUGCCUGGAGGUGAACUGCUUAAGGAUGUAUUGUGUGUGCCUAAUUUUAAAUUCAAUCUUUUUUCAGUUUCGAAAGUGACAAAGGAUUUGAAUUGUUGUGCAGCAUUUUAUCCAGACUUCUUUGUAUUUCAGGAGCUCUUCAAUGGGAGGUUGAAGGCGAUUGGUAGAGAACAUGAUGGGCUAUAUGUUUUGAAGACAAGGUCCAGGAAUGAUUUUCAUACUCAUAGCAAAUCUAUGGCAGUGCAAAAUGUUACAGACUCAGAGAUUUGGCAUAAACGACUAGGCCAUGUUCCUAUGGCUGUUCUAAGGAAGAUUUCCUUUUUUCAGCACAAGCUUAAUUUCACUUUGACAAUUGUGAUGUCUGUCCACUAGCUAGACAAACUAGGAUUGCUUUUCCUACACAUACUAGCAGAUCUACUGAAUCUUUUCAAUUGUUACAUAUGGAUGUCCGGGGUCCUUACAACAUCGCUACUUAUGAUGGUAUGCAAUAAUCUGUUCAACACCUAUGGGAUUAUACACCAAAGGUCAUGUCCAUACACUCCUCAGCAAAAUGGAGUGGUCGAACGAAAGCACAGACAUAUCCUUGAGACAGCUAGGGCCAUCAAGUUCCAGGGAGGUUUGCCCUCGAGAUUUUGGGGCCGUUGUAUUGAAGCGGCAGUGUAUAUCAUUAAUAGAGUUCCUUUGUCUGUCUUAAACAACAAAUAUGCCUUUGAGGUUCUAUAUAGUCGUACACCAUCUCUAUCGCAGUUGAGAGUAAUAGGAUGCUUAGGUUAUGCCUCUACUCUACCCAAGAAGGAUAAAUUCAGUCCCAGGGGCAUUAAGUCAGUCCUACUUGGUUAUGGUAUUUUUCAAAAGGGCUAUAAACUCUAUGAUCUUGAGACACACAAGGUAUUCAUUAGCAGAGAUGUUGUCUUCAAUGAGUCCAUUUUUCCAUUCAAGACUACACAAGGCAAUGUUGAGAUGUCAUUCCCUGAGGCAGUUGACACUUACUCAUUAUCUACAGAUAAUCCCCCUAUCAAUGUUCCUCUUGAUCCAGUUCCUCCAACUUCACAUAUUCAGCCUAGUCAGCUGUCCACAGAAGCCACAGAACCUCUUCAUUCCUCUAAUAUUGAGGCAACACUUCCUGAUACAGUUUCUACUUCCCAUUUAUCUUCACAAGAUAUUGCACCACCUACAGAACUUCGCAAAUCUACCAGAACUUCCAAACCUCCCAUAUGGAUGAAGGACUUUGUCAUUUCUGCCAAGUCUCAGACUGCCCAGACUAGUUCUCAUCCUAUUUCUACUGUCAUUUCUUAUGAUUCCCUUUCCCCUGCUUAUCAGAGUUUUCUCACUAGAUUUUCAGCAGAAGUGGAACCCGCGACUUAUGCUCAUGCAGCUAAGGAUCCUCGCUGGGUUGAAGCUAUGCAACUUGAAAUCAAGGCUUUGGAGGAUAACAAUACCUGGAAAGUGGUUCCUUUACCAGAGGGCAAAAAGGCCAUCGGCUGCAAAUGGGUAUAUAAAAUCAAAUACAAGGCUACUGGGGAGGUUGAAAGGUUCAAGGCUCGAUUAGUAGCUAAAGGCUACAGCCAGCAGGAGGGUCUUGAUUACCAAGAGACAUUCUCACCUGUUGUUAAAAUGGUGACUGUACGAGCUGUUAUUUCUAUAGCUGCUGUCAAGCAGUGGACUAUCCAUCAGAUGGAUGUCUCAAUGCUUUCUUGCAAGGGGAUCUUCACGAGGAGGUAUAUAUGA